UACGGGAGAGUGAGACGGGGCCUGGCCGCGGUCGUACGGGCGUCUGGGCUACGCUCUUUUUCUCUCGGCCGGCGGCACGGUGCUUUCCGGCUGCCGUCAAGCGCAGCAGUGGGCCGGCGGGCGGGGGCCGAGGGGCUGCCAUGGCGGCGGCAGGCCGGCUGCUGGGCUCCUGGGUGUUGCUGGCGCCGCUGCUUGGGGGCCUCGCGCUGCUGGGAGUCGGGCCGGUCCCGGCGCGGGCACUGCACAACGUCACGGCCGAGCUCUUUGGGGCCGAGGCCUGGGGCACCCUGGCGGCCUUCGGAGACCUCAACUCUGACAAGCAGACGGACCUCUUCGUGCUGCGGGAAAGAAAUGAUUUAAUCGUCUUUUUGGCAGACCAGAACGCACCCUAUUUUAAACCCAAAGUAAAGGUAUCCUUGAAGAAUCACAGUACAUUGAUAACAAGUGUAGUCCCGGGGGAUUAUGAUGGAGAUUCACAAAUGGAUGUUCUUCUGACAUAUCUUCCCAAAAAUCACGCCAACGGUGAAUUAGGAGCUAUUAUCUUCUGGGGACAGAAUCAAACCUUAGAUCCUUGCAAUAUGACCAUACUCAAUAGGACUUUUCAGGAUGAACCAUUAAUUAUGGACUUCAAUGCCGAUUUAAUUCCUGAUAUAUUUGGUAUCACAAAUGAAUCCAACCAGCCACAAAUACUAUUAGGAGGGAAUUUAUCAUGGCAUCCUGCAUUGACCAUUAAAAGUAAAAUGCGGAUUCCACAUUCUCAUGCAUUCAUUGAUCUAACUGAAGAUUUUACAGCAGAUUUAUUCCUCACGACAUUGUCUGCCUCUAAUACCUUCCAGUUUGAGAUAUGGAAAAAUUUGGAUGGAAAUUUCUCUCUCAGUACUGUAUUUGAAAAACCUCAAAAUAUGAUGGUAGUUGGACAGUCAGCAUUUGCCGACUUUGAUGGAGAUGGAAACAUGGAUCACUUAUUGCCAGGCUGUGAAGAUAAAAACUGCCAGAAAAGUACCAUUUACUUAGCAAGAUCCAGAACAAAGCAGUGGGUUCCUGUCCUACAGGAUUUUAGCAAUAAGGGCACACUCUGGGGUUUUGUGCCAUUUGUGCAUGAACAACGACCAACUGAAAUACCAAUUCCAAUUACCCUUCAUAUUGGAGACUACAACAUGGAUGGUUAUCCAGAUGCUCUUGCCAUACUGAAGAAUACAUCUGCAAGCAAUCAGCAGGCCUUUUUACUGGAGAAUGUCCCUUGUAAUAAUGCAAGCUGUGAGGGGGCGCGUCGUAUGUUUAAAGUCUACUGGGAGCUGAUGGACCUAAACCAAAUCAGAGAUGCAGUGGUUGCCACCUUCUUUGAUAUUUACGAAGAUGGAAUCUUGGACAUUGUAGUACUAAGUAAAGGAUAUACAAAGAAUGAUUUUGCCAUCCAUACACUAAAAAAUAACUUUGAAGCAGAUGCUUAUUUUGUUAAAGUCAUUGUUCUUAGUGGUCUCUGUCCUAAUGAAUGUCCUCGUAAGAUAACAUUGAGCUAUCAUCAUUUUUGGCCUGACUGGAGUCAUCUGAGCCAUCCUUCAAAAAGCAACCAGAGGGCUUCCCUGGUGGCGCAGUGGUUGAGAGUCCACCUGCUGAUGCAGGGGAUGUGGGUUCGUGCCCCGGUUCGGGAAGAUCCCACAUGCCGCGGAUAGGCUGGGCCCGUGAGCCAUGGCCGCUGAGCCUGCGCGUCCUGAGCCUGUGCUCCGCAACAAACCACCAGCAUCAGUGCAUCUCCUGGGAACUUGUAAGAAAUGCACACUCCUAGGCCUCACCAAGAUCUACCAAAUAGGAACACCUUGGUAUGCAGCCAGUGAAUCUAUAAUUUAAUAAUCCCUCCAGGAGAUUCUGAUAUAUGCUAAAGUCUGAAAACCACAGCACUGGACUUUUAGAAAAGGGAUUACUGUAAGCUAACAACCUUGUCUUCUUACACAGCAAUUAUGUAUACUCAGAAGUGGAAUUUCAUCCAAACGUACAUUCUUGCAAAUAAAUUAUUCCUGUAGUUUUAGAAUCCUACAGUACACUAAAGAAAAUGAAUGUUAACUUGAUAAAUGUUUCUGUUUUGAUCAAAAUAAUUUUAUUCACUCGUAGUUCAACAUAAUUGAAAAUGAGAUAUCACUACCAAAAAAGACAUUAAUUUAUUUGGCCAAAGUAAAAAGAUAAUAGUGCAUACAUAUUGAGCACUUACUGUGUGCCAGGCACUGAUCUAAUUAUUUUACACAUAUUUACUCAAUCUUUACUUCAAUCCGAUGAGAUAGGUACUAUGAUUAUCCCUAAUUUAAGUAGAGGGAACUGAAAGUUAAAUAAUUUGCCCAAGGUUAUACAGAAAAUAAGUGGAAGAGGAAUAAUUUGAACCCAGAUUCUCUGACUCUAAAAACUACAUUCUUAGUUUCAAAAUUUGGAAAGCUAAUACCUAAAAUAUUCUCAUGACAUGAAAUAUUUGGAAUAACUCACAGGCCUUUAAAUUUUUGUUUUAAUCACCUCAAGCUGCCUUUACAAAAUACAAUCGGAAUUUAUUUUCUCACAGUUCUGGAAGCUGGAAGUCCAAGAUCACGAGAUCAGGGUGCUAGUAUGGUCAGGUUCUGUUGAAGGCCCUCUUCCUGGCUUGCUUCUUCUCACUGUGUGCUCACAUGGCCUGUCCUAGCUUUGUGCGCAGGGGGAGACAGAGAGAGAGAGCAAGUUCUCUGGUGUCUCUUCUUAUCAGGACACUAGUGCCAUCAUGAGGACCCUGCCCUCAUGACUCCAACCCUAACUACCUUCCACAUAUCAUCACAUUAGUGAUUGGAGCUUCAACGUAUUAAUUUUGGGGAGGCAUAAACAUUCAGUCUAUAAGAAUUAAGAAAAGUAUUUCAGAGAAGUAAGAAAGAAGUUAUGUGAAAUUUUCACAGAUGUGUUGUCGUUAUUGCUGAUUGAUAUUCCCAUAGUUUGCAUUCCCGGCAUAUUAGCUUUUCAGGUUUUCAUAAAGGAAUUCAAGGUAUGGGUAUAAAUACUUAAACUAGAGGAAUUAAUUGUUUCAGAAAUCCCUAAUCCUUUUAAAUUGAAAAUUCCUUAAUGAUACAAUCACUUCCCAAAUAAUAAAUUUAUAAAAAUUGAAAUUCUUUGGACCACCACUAAUAUAACCUAGGUAUGUGAAAGGUAUUAAAAGAUACAGCAAUACUCCUAGCAUCUCUACUGUAUUAGAAGAGAUACAAAGUAAAAGUUAUCCAAGUUUUUGCACUUGCUGAAGGUAUAACCCUAUUUACUACAUUUUGUACUAAACAUUCAUAUGGAGGUAAAUGGCACUAUUUAAGGGGGAAGAAAAAUCCUGAAACAUGUUUAAUGCUAUGACAUAAGGGUUAAGAAACCAAAACACACAGGCACAUGUACCAGUCAUAUCAUUUCCAUUGGGAAAGGCAGAGUAGGGAUUGAAUUACUCAUUAUGUACAUGAUACAGAGUACCAAUUCUCAAACUUCUUGUUCUGAAGACUCCAAAUAGUUUUUCUUAAGCGAGUUUUGUUUAUCAGUAUUACUCUAUUUGAAAUAAAAACUGAAACAACUUUAAAUGUUUUUAUUAAAUCAUUUUAAAACAAUAGACCCAUUACAUGUUGACCUAAAAUAAAGUUAUUUUUAUGGAAAAAUAACUAUUUUCCAAAAUACAAAAUGAGUGAAGAGUAACAUUCCUUUGUAUUUUUUUCAAAUCUCCUUAGUACCUGUCAUUAAAAAAAAAAAAAAAAAAUUCUCAUAUCUCCUUUUGCAUUGUUUAUUAUUCUUUUGGUUGAAAUAUUAAAAAAAAAAUUUAGCCUUACACAGCUGUAUAGUAGAAAAAGAGAAUAUUUCAUAUCCUGUUCAGAUAACUGAUAGUAUACCAAAACUCAACAGUGGCAGUUACUUAAAGGUUAGUUGUAAUGUGGAAUUUGAAACUAUAUCAGUGAACAUUUCCAACUCUGUCACAUUACCCAUUGGUUAUUUAGAAGCCUGUUGUUUAAUUUCCACACAUUUGUGAAUUUCUCAAAUUUCUUUCUGUUGUUGGUUUCUAAUUUAAUUCCAUUGUCAUCAGAAAACAUACUUUGUACAAUUUCAGUACUUUUACAUUUAUUAGGACUUGUUUUAUGGUCUCGUAUAUGGUUCCCCUUAGAGAAUGUUUCAUGUGUGCUUGAGAAGAUGUAUUCUACUAAAGUUAGGUACAGUGUUCUAUACAUGUCUACUAGAUCUAGUUGAUUUCUAGUGCUGUUCAAGUCUUCUUUUUCCUUGUUGAUCUUGUGCUUCAUUGGUCUAUCCAUUAAUGACACUGCUGUAUUUUUAAUAAUUAUAAUAGUAUCCAACAACCAUUAUUGUUGAAUUACCUGUUUCACCCAUCAAUUCCUUAUGUAUUUCAGGCCUGUGUUAUUAGGUGUAUUUAUGUUUAUAAUUGUUAUGUGUUCUUGAUAGAUUGAUGAAACUGUCCUUUUUCAUCUCUACUAACAUUUUUAUCUUAAAGUCUGUUUGUGUCUAUUAUUAGUAUGGCUACUCCAGCUCUCAUUUGGUUACUAUUUCCAUGGUAUAUCUUUUCCAUGCUCUUACUUUCAACCUAUUUGUUGUUUUUGAGUUUAAAGUGUCUUUUAUAGACAGCAUACACUUGGAUCAUGUUCUUCUAUCUAUUCUGCUAAUCUCUGCCUUUUGGUAGCACUAUUUAAUCCAUUUACAUUUAAUAUAAUUACUAAUUAGGUAGAUUUAUCUCUGCCAUUUUGCUAUUUUGUUCCUUAUAUGUCUUAUGUCUUUUUUCUUCCUCUGUUCCACCAUUACUGCUCUCUUUUGUAUUAUAUAUUUUCUAGAAUUUGAUUUUAAUUCCCUUGUUUUUUGUACUCUAUAUUUGAAAUUAUUUUUUUAGUGUUUCCUCUCAGAAUUACAGUUUCCAUUGUAACUUAGAAAACAAUAUACUCCAUAUUAAUACCAACUUAGUUUCAGUAGCAUAAACAGACUUUGCUCCAAUAUGCCUCAGUUUACUCCCCCCUCCUUUGUGCUUGUAUUUUCAUACAUGUUACAUCUUCAUGCAUUGUGAGCCCAACAACAUGGUUUUUUCAUUAUUACUUUAUGCAGUAAUGUUUUAAAUUAGAUAGGAGAAAAGAGCUACAAACAAACAUACAUUUAUAGCAUCUAGUAAAUUUACCUAUAGUUACCUUUACUGAUACUUUUUAUUUAUUUCUGUGGAUUUGAGUUCCUGUCUACUUUCAGUUCAGCCAGAAGAACUCCCUUAGUAUUUCCUGUUAGUUAGGUGUGUUAAUAAUAAAUUUUCUCAGUUUUUUUCUCACAAUGUGUUAAUUUUCCCUUCAUUCUUCAAGGAUAAUUUUGCUACCUUUUAGAUUUCUUGGUUGACUGUCUUUUCCUUUCAACACUUUAAAUAUUCAUCUUACUGUCUUCUGGACUCCUGGGUUUCUGAUGAGAAAUCAGCUUUAAUCUUAUUCAGGUUCCCUUGUACAUAACAAGUUGCUUAUCUCUUGUUGCAUUUAAAAUUCUCUCUUUGGCUUUCAGCAGUUUGACUAUGAUGUACCUUGGUGUGGAUCUCUUCAAGUUUAUCCUACUUGGUGUUCAUUGAGCUUUUAGAUGUGCAGUUUCAUGUAUUUAAUUAAAUUUGGGCAGUUUCAGACAUUUUCACAUCACAUAUUCUUUCUGCCUCUCCUCCCCUCCUUUCCUCUGGGACUCCUAUUAUUGUUGAUAUUCUUGAUGGUGCCCCACAGGUCUCUGAGGCACUGUUCAUUUUCUUUAUGUUUCUCAUUUUACUUUCCGUUUCUCACACUGGAUAAUCUGAAUUGACAUAUCUUCAAUUUUAUUGAUUCCUUCUUUUGCUAAUUUAAAUCUAUUGAGCCUCUCUAGUGAAUUUUUUUAUUUCAGUUAUUGUACACUAGAAUUAGUGUGGGAUUUUUUGUGUGUAUGACUUAUAUCUCUUUAUUGAUACUCUAUUUUGGUGAGAUAUUGUUCUCAUAAUUUCCUUAAAUUCUUUACAUGAUUUCCUUUACUUUCUUUGAACAUAUUUAUAAUAGCUGAUUUAAAGUCUCUACCUAGUAAGUCAAACAUCUGUGCUUCCUUGGGGGAAAUUUCUAUUGACAGCUUUUUUUCCCCUUUGUAUGAAACAUACUUUCCUGUUUGUGUGUCUCAUAAUUUUUUGUUGUUGAAAACUGGACAUUAUAAAUAAUGUGUUCACCCUGAAAAUCCCCCCCUUAAGUUUGUUGUUAUUGCUGCUGUUUGUCCAGUGAGUUUCCUGGAUUAUUACUAUGAAGUCUUUAUUCUUUAUUGUAUAUAACCAUGAAAUCCUUAUUCAGUAAGUUUUAAUUGUCAGCUGUGAGUGGACACAGUUUUUCUUAAAUAAAGGAUUGAGAGAUUAGGGCCUUCUCAGUUCUUUUGUCUGAAAACAGGUUACACACAUGUGUGGACUUCUAGAUUCCCAGAAAUAUAUCAGAGGUUUUCAAAGUCCCCUUUGAACAUCUCAUUCACAUUCCAGGAAUAUGUCGGAGCUUUUCAAAGUCCCCUUUGAACAUCUCAUUCACAUUUUUCCUUUUAAGAUUUGAUCAACCGCUUAUUAGCCCAAAUUGAUAUCACUGUCUCAGGCAGCAUCAAUAAAAACAAUUGCUAAUGAUUGUUUUUAAUAAACUUCCAGUUUGAUAGAGCUGUUCACACUGAGCAAGCUCUCAGUCUGGCCAAAUAAAGACAAAUAUUGAGACUGUAGCUUUUCAGGGAACUGCCAGACAAGUCAAAUAGUGAUAAUUCUCUGAGGAUGGAACAUUAGGGAGAUCCGCCCCUCCCUUUGCUGCUAAGCUGUUCAUUUUCAAAGCUCCCUUAGUAGCAAAGCUAUUGGUCUUCAGGACUACUUCAGAGCUGGGGAGGGGUUAUGGGAAUAAGGCAGAUUAAAAAACAAUAAACACUGUUUUACUGAGAUUCAGUCGUUUUUCUUAGAUACUCCUUGAUUCUUGCAAAAAAAAAUUUAACAAUUUUUGACAGUGUUCUUAUUUCUUUUAUGUAGACUUUUUUUGGUCCUUACUAGAUCUAGAAGUGAUUCUCCCCUACUCUAUUACUUCAAAAUCCAUUGGUCUGUCUUGUACUUUAAAUGAUCUUUCAUGUAUGCAUGGUUUUGUAACAUCAUGCAUUGGCCAUUUGGAAAAUAUUGGUUUACUGAGGUAUGCAUAUCUUCCCAAUUUUAACACGUUUCAUCACAUACUAUUUUAAAAUCACAUUUGUUAAUAUCACUGCUGAUCCCAUAAGUAAAGUUUUUAGGUUUUAAUGUGUCAGGCUCAUGGUGGUGGAUACAAGGCUUCCAAAACUCAAAUUUCAUUUAUAAGCUCAAAUUUUAUCAGUAGCAACAAAUACUAUCAAUUAUCGUCCCAAAAGUGACAUUCAGUUUGUCAUUUUCAAGAGAAUGUUGGCUAAUACCCAAGUCUGAAUAACCAUAGUUUAGUGCCACUGCUAAUUACCAACCCUUUUACCAAUGGGAUUUUUGGACUCCAGGGGUCUUUGCACCACAUUUUGAGAGAACCACUUUGUAGAGGAAUCAAGUCUGGAUUUCUGGACCUUGUCUUUUAAUAUCAGAAUGACUGGUGCAUGGUGAGUCAGCUUUAGGACUCAUAACAGACACUUGCUUACCUGAUGUUUUUAAUUGACUAUAGGACAAAAGAGAAAAGCCUAUAUACAUCUGUAAAAUAAGAUACUAUGAAUAGGAGUAUGAAAUUUUCCAAAUGUGAAUUAGAAAAAAAUAUUCAAGAAUAUAAUUGGGAAGGUUCACAAAAAACAAUACUUAUAGCCCAAGAUACCAAUCUUCCAGUACAUAGACUAGACUAUGGGUAAUAAAAUAAAUUUGAGGUUAUAACACUCUGAUAAAUAUAGCCUCAUAAGUAUUAUCUUCAAGCCUCAUUGCAAUGAGACAGGUUUAAAGUGUUAAAAGGCAUACCCUAUUACAAAGAAGCAAACCUAGGAGAGAUGAAAUAAUUUAUGUUAAGAAGUGUAUACCACAUUAGCAAUGUUUGUUGCUAAGCAUGUGAAGCAACUUACAGCUGGUGGGAGUAUAAACUGGUAAUACCACCUCAGUAAGAAAAAGAAUAGGCACUACCUGGUACAGUUGAAGAUACAUAUAUCAUAUGACUUUACAGUUCUGCCUCUGGGUACAUAACCCCUGAUAAAUGUUUGCACUUGUACAUCAGGUGACAUACAUAAGAAUGCAGUGUUUAUCAUGGCAAAAAAAUAAAUGGGAACAAGCGUUGAUCAACAAAAGAAUGAAAAAUAUUUAUGCUAUAAUCAUACAGUGGAAUACUUUACAGCCGUGAAAGUGAACUACAGCUACUCAUCCUUAAUCAUGGAUGAGUCUCAAAUUAAUGUAUUUUUUAAAAAGUCACAGAAGGAUACAUAUAGUAUUAUUCCAUUUACAUAAAAACUUAAAAUAGGCAUAACCAAAUAUAUUUUAACAUUUAUGUAUAUGAUAAAACUUAUAAAGAAAAAAGUAAUAAUUGCAUGAAGAAGAUAGUUGAAUAGAAGUUAAACUAUGAAGUUGACUGUGAUUUGCUUUAAAACUGCAUAUAUAUGCAGGAAUCAAGAUAGCAGAGUAGAACUUGGAGCUCACCUGUCCCCACAAACACAUCAAAAUUACAUCUACCUGUGGAACAAUUCCCACAGGAAACUAACUGGAAACUAGCAGAAGAACUCCUAGAAAACCAAAGCUGCAAGAAAGAUCUCCGUGGAACCGGGUAGGAUGGGAAAAAAAAAGGCAUUGGGUUGGGACCUGCACCCCUGGGAGGGAUCUGUAAGGAAGAGAAGGUCCACACAGGCCGACCCUUGCCCUGAGGAGCAAGCUAGUUGAGCCACAAUCUCGGCAUUCCAGUCCUGGGGUCCUGCAUGGAGGAGACAAACCCCCUUGCCUGCUGGGAAGUCUGCUGAGAUGGACAAAAGGGCUGGAGAAGCCUAGACUCUACUCAUAAGGAGUGCACAUGUGCUGGCUUGCCAACUAUCAGGGCAGAGAGAGCCUUGCACUGGUGGCUGCCACCUUGCUGCCCUUUCCAACUGAAAGGGGCAAA